GGCCUUUUGGGGACAAACCGUAUAAUAAUAGUAACGCAUGGCUUCGAGAAUAAGAUCGACACGGAUUGGAUGAUCACCAUUAAGGAUGAGCUGCUCAGACACAGCGAUCAGACCGUCGCACUCGUUGGAUGGAGUCGAGGGGCGCACCUCCUGCCCGUCAGAUACAGACAGGCGGCCGCCAACACCGAGACGGUGGGCGUAUGGCUGGCCGGGUAUGUCCAGCAAAUGAAUCUGUCUAUCGUUGGUAUCGAGAUCUGGGGAAUCGGACACAGUUUGGGCGCUCACGUCAUAGGAAUUGCCGGUCGAAACAGUCGGGCCUUCGCCAGGAUUACUGGUCUAGACCCGGCCGGUCCCUGCUUUGAGAAACGGAAGGACACCAAAGAAUUGCGCAAAACUGACGCACCAUUUGUUGAUGUGAUCCAUACGGACGGUUACUUCCCGUGGAUUGAUCCGCGAGAUUGGAUCUCUCCAGUCAAUCAUUACGGAACACUCAUCCCAUUAGGAACCAUCGAUUUCUACCCGAACUACGGCUAUAAACAGCCCGGUGCUAUUGGCCUCCAUAUUGCGGGCAGUCAUACCCGUGCCAUCGAUCUGUUUAUAUGGAGUAUUGCAAAUCCAGGAAAGUUCCGGACAUACGAGCUCUUAGAUGGAGUGCCAGAGUUUGAAAAA